AUGUCAACAUUUCUAUCUAUCUAUCUAUGUUCAUUUCUAUCUAUCUAUCCAUCUAUCUAUCUAUGGUCAUUUCAUCUAUCUAUCUAUGGUUAUUUCUAUCUAUCUAUCUAUCUAUCUAGGCCCUACUCUUUUACGUACAGCUACCCUGCAUUUUGUUUUCUCCCCCCCCUCUCCCCGUCCAACCCCGCCCACUUCGCUGUCUUUGUGAUACAGUUCCAUUCUCAGAUCUUCGCUACACCCGCCACCAUCCCCGAUUUCUACCAAUUCCAACGUUCCGUCUUUGUCGUUUUGUGUCUUGCCGCCAGGGUUUCCCCCCUUUAUUUUCUUACGUUCUUUCCUCGUUCUUUCUUUCUUUCUUUCUUUCUUUCUUUUCUGAUUUUCUACCACCUUCUUUUCCUUUCUCUCUUUUUUCUGCCUUCCUUUUAUUUUUUCUUUCUUUCUUUCUUUCUUUAUUAUUUGUUUGAUUGUUUUCUUUCUUUCUUAUUUGUUUGUUUGCUUCUUUCUUUCUUUCUUUUUUCUUUCUUGUUUGUUUGUUUGCUUCUUUCUUUCUUUCUUUCUUUCUUUCUUUCUUUUUUCUUUCUUAUUUGUUGUUUGUUUCUUUCUUUCUUUCUUUCUUAUUUGUUUGUUUGCUUCUUUCUUUCUUUCUUUUUUCUUUCUUGUUUGUUUGUUUGCUUCUUUCUUUCUUUCUUUAUUUUUUCUUUCUUAUUUUUUGUUUGUUUGUUUCUUUCUUUCUUUCUUAUUUGUUUGUUUGUUUCUUUCUUUCUUCCUUAUUUGUUUGUUUGCUUCUUUCUUUCUUUCUUUAUUUUUUCUUUCUUAUUUGUUUGUUUCUUUUUUUCUUAUUUGUUAGUUUGCUUCUUUCUUUCUUUUUUUCUUUCUUUGACUUUACUCUCUCUCUCUCUCUCAUUUUCUUACCUUUAG